AUGAGGUUUUCAUUGUUGUUCAUUCUAAUCUAUAGGCAUGAAUCAAUUAAGGACCUGAAAGAUGAAAUUUCCAAACGCUUCCUGAAUCUGAAGCAGAUAACUUCUGGAUUUGAAUUAUUAGGCUUGCACCUCCAUGUGCAACAUCGGGUGGAUUUCAUGGAGUGGGCUCCAAGCUCGGCUCUAGCAGCUACUCAAGCUCAACGUGAGACAGGUAACAGGUGGUUCCAAGGUACAGAAGAUGCUGCAGCAGAUACAACAAUUAUAGGAAUAUCAAGAGAAGAGGCUGAAAAGAAGCCAUAUAUUGCUUCCAUGGGAGUCUAUGUCUUCAAGAAGGAGAUACUUCUCAAUCUUACAACAAUUGUCAGAUGGCGCUUCCCGACUGCAAAUGGCUUCGGAUCAGAGAUAAUUCAUGCCUCUACCAAAGAGUUCUUCAUAAAGCCCCCAAGAUUUAGUUUCUAUGAUGCAAACAAGCCAAUGUAUACAUCAAGAAGAACUUUACCACCAUCAAAGAUUAAUAGCAGCAAGGUUAGUGAUUCAAUCGUAUCCAAUGGCAGUUUCUUAAAUAACUGCUUUAUAGAGCACAGCAUUGUUGGCAUCCGAUCCUGGAUAAACUCCAAUGUCCACUUAAAGGACACAAUGAUGCUUGGUGCUGACUACUAUGAAAUUGAUGCUGAAGUUGCAGCACUGGUAGCAGAGGGAAAAGUUCCUAUUGGAAUAGGAGAAUAUACAAAAAUCAAGUACAAAACAGUUCCUAUUGGGUUGAUUUGGGGUUGGGUGUGA